GGCGGGGUCCCCAGGAAAAGCCAGCCUCAGCUAAAUGGUCGCCUUCGAUCCCUCGCCAGCGCCAGCCCUUUGCCCAGGUCAUUUGCUCGCUUUUCCUGUCAGCGUCUUGAGCCUGCUGAGGAGCUGGACAGCAGGCAGGGAGGGAGUGGAGGAGGGGCGGCGGUUUAACUUUUACUUGACAUUACCGCCAGUUUCCCUCGCUGGCUCGACCUGGGGGCGUCCUCUUCUCCCGCCAAUCGAACUUUUUGGCGAAAGGCUGCAGCAGCAACCCAGAAGGGUGCGGGGAGGGGAAACAUUGCACAGAAAAUACCACCCCCCACCCCACAGGCUUGUCCGGGCCUGGGAUAUACGGGUAGUCCGCCAACAAAGUAAAUAAUCACCCCAGUUAAGAAGAGGACUGGGAGUUGAUCUUCAAGGCGAUCUGCUUCGCCAGCCGCGGGGCAACGGAAGGCCACCCCGCACCAGCUACGACAGUCAGACGCCCACGUUGGCUGCAAAAGUCUGGAGGAUCUAAAGUGUGUGUGUGCGUGCGUGCGCGUGAAAUCGCAGCCACCCGAUCGGUGCAGGAGAGGCGGAGAGAAACCAUGUGAGUGUGGCAGGCUUCCUCCUUAAAAAAAAGAAAGGAAGGAAGGAAAGAAAGAAAGCAAGAAAGAAAGAAAGGAAAGGAAAGGAAAGAACAAUCCUGAGAAAUAGCGACGUCGAGGGCGGGAAGUCGUUCUCGCCUGCUUUUGUUUGCAAUCCGGUGGAUUGGAAGAUGGAGAUGGAUGUUAAGGGAGUUUCUCAGUGCCCGGAGCCCAUCCCCCACGCGCAGGGGUCUGGAGGCUGUCAGCAGCAGCAGCAGCAGCAGGAUGGGCAGGCAGGGGAAACUGCCGGUGACAGCAAUCAGCAGCAGCCGCCGCCAGAGAAGAGGCAAGGCAGCGAGAAGGAAGACAAAAAGAAGUCCACAGUCAACAAGACUUCAGGUGCUCCUUCAUAUAGCAGAUGGUCAAGUUCACAACCACAUCAGCCUAACUCCGCAGUGAGAACGUACCAAAACAGUAAAUAUCGAGUGACCAUGAGCCCUGGCUUUAGCUCACAGUGGAACAGCAGUCAACCUCUUUGGAACACCUACACUUUCCCAAGAACAAGCUUGCACUACCAGUCCCAUGCUAGCUACACCUACUGUGCUGGGCACACUGCGCAUUCCUAUGCACCAGCUCCCCAUCCCAUGGCUCCUCCCAGCCCCAGCACUAACAGUAGCAACAACAGCAGCAACAACAGCAGCGGUGAACAGUUGAGUAAAACCAACCUGUACAUCCGAGGCCUUCCACCCGGCACCACUGACCAGGACCUUAUCAAGCUGUGCCAGCCGUAUGGAAAAAUUGUAUCUACAAAAGCAAUUCUAGACAAAAACACAAAUCAGUGCAAAGGUUAUGGUUUUGUAGAUUUUGACAGCCCAGCAGCAGCACAGAAAGCGGUAGCAUCUCUUAAAGCAAAUGGAGUACAGGCUCAGAUGGCCAAGCAACAAGAGCAAGACCCCACAAAUCUUUACAUCUCAAAUUUACCCAUUUCCAUGGAUGAGCAAGAGCUGGAAAAUAUGCUGAAACCCUUUGGACAUGUCAUUUCCACCAGAAUAUUAAGAGAUGCUAAUGGCGUCAGUAGAGGAGUCGGCUUUGCCAGGAUGGAAUCAACUGAAAAAUGUGAAGUAGUUAUUCAGCAUUUUAAUGGAAAAUACCUGAAAACGCCCCCUGGUGUGCCAGCCCCAACAGAGCCUUUGCUGUGCAAAUUUGCUGAUGGAGGGCAAAAGAAACGACAGAAUCAAAGCAAGUACACACAGAAUGGGAGGCCAUGGCCAAGGGAAGGAGAGGCUGGCAUGGCCUUGACGUAUGACCCCACAGCUGCUAUACAGAAUGGAUUUUAUUCCUCACCGUACAGUAUUGCAACAAACCGCAUGAUUCCACAGACAUCUAUCACACCAUUCAUUGCUGCUUCCCCUGUCUCAACAUAUCAGGUUCAGAGUACUUCAUGGAUGCCUCAUCCGUCAUAUGUUAUGCAACCAACAGGUGCUGUGUUAACGCCAACAAUGGAUCACACAAUGUCCAUGCAGCCAGCAAGUAUGAUGGGCCCGCUGACACAACAGAUGAAUCAUCUUUCCUUGGGCACAACAGGAACGUAUAUGACGGCUGCUGCACCUAUGCAAGGGACCUACAUUCCCCAGUACACUCCUGUGCCUCCAACAGCUGUCCCUCUUGAAGGUGUUGUUGCCGAUACCUCUCCACAGACAGUAGCACCUUCAUCACAGGAAGCCAGUGGUCAACAGCAACAGAUGGCAGUGGAAACAUCCAGUGAACAUGCACCUGCAUAUUCCUACCAACAGUCAAAAUAAUAAACAGGACUGAAGAAUGUUGAUCUGAAAAGUUUGCCUUGGAUGGAGAAACUUCAUUGGACAAGAAGUUGGCUUCCAGUUUGCACAGGCGACAACAGAAUUUUUUUUUUCAUUUUCUACCUUACCUAAUGAAAACAAAACAGUGUUUCUAUGUGCUGUGCAAAUUGUUCAGUCAUGUAGUCUGAUAGUUUUAUUUUUGCUAUUUUUUUAUUAAAGAAAAAAAACCCAUGGCAAAACAUUGGGUUGAAAUUUCAUCUGGAUGAACAUUUGAAAUUCAGAAUUUACUUGGAAGUGUAGAUAGAUUUGUUUUUGUUUUCAAAACUACAACUGAGAAACCGAUGAUGUCAAGACGGCGCAAGCUGGGAUGAAAACUAAUGGUCUUCCUCAAGAAUUCAACUGUUCUUUCCCCCACUUCUUGUUGAAAUCCAGUGUGUCUUUAUUUUGGGUUGGUUUUUUUUAGAAAUGUUUAGGUAAGGUUUAUCUUCUUGAAUCUUAAUUGCCUUAAUUUUAAGGACGUCAAAGGCUCUCAAGGCAAGCUGUCAACGUCUUGGUAGAAGAAAGGAGAAUGAAUUGAAACUUACACCAGUUUCAACUGGUGCUGAAGUUCGGUAGACUGAAUUUUUAGAGUUAACAAAAAAAAUGAACUGUACAGUUUAGCAGAAAAUGUUUUUUUCUUCUUUUGAAGAAAACCUGUUGAUAAAGGAACUGUGGCAACUUCAAAAAUUGAAAAAAAAUGCUGACUUUUAUGAACUUUCUUAAUGUUGACAGAGAAGAAUCUAGAAGGCUAAAGUGUUUUACAAUAAAAUUAUUGAACUGAGGGGGAAAUCAACUUGCAUUUUAAGGAAUGCAGGUUUUUUUUCUUGCAGAAUGGAGAUUUUUUUAAUUUACAAAGCGUGAUCGCUGGCAAAAGCAUUAGUGCUUUUUAUCUGCAGUGUUUUUUAUGAGCUUUAAAAAGUUUUUAGUCUGCUUUGCUUGUCACAUUGCAAACACCUAGCUUAAAAGCAUUGGGGUGGGGGGAACUUAAGUAGAUAGGAGCUUAUGGUCAAAAAAGUGCAAAAAAAAAAAGCAAUAGCUAGAAGAAAUUGUUGACAAUUUCUGUAGUCUUUCUUAGUUGUGAUCAAAUGCAGCCUAUGGAUGGCCUAUUUUAUACCAAAGAUGAAAUGACACCCUACCACAGUCCAGAAGAUAGAGGUUUUUUUUCUUAUUUCUUUCCUUUUAAAAAAAUCUUUAUUUUGACCUACAUGGCCGGACCAGUUCUUAUCUUUGUGUUUGUUUAAACUAUCUUCCACUGGUGUUUUACAUCCUAUGUACUUAGGCUUCAAAUGGAAAGUUCUGAGCAGUUGGUACUUAGCAGCACUUGGCAGAAUUUCACAGCAUGAUGAAGGUAUGGGUUGCCAACUAUUCUACCCAGGUGCAUUUUAACUUUGCUGAGCUUUUCUGCUGCAUUUUCUGCUUCCUUUUGUACUGAAACUACAGUCUUCCUUCUUCAUAGCACCCUACGGGUUCAUUUCCUCCCUUUUCCUGUGUCAUCUUCCAGCGUUCAAAACUAGCCAUCUUCAUUUUGCAUUUGGGUGGGGCAUUCAAGUCACUUUGAAGAAGCCACUGAAAGCAGAUGAUCAGUGAUUUCAUUUAACUCUUCUGUUGAAGAAGAAAGUUAAAAAUUGCUCCUGUUCUCUCAUGCAAACAUGAAGUUAACAAUCACUUUAGACUAACUAGCUUUCUGUUGUCUUAAUAUGUUUGCUGACAAUCACUAAUUAGUUUGAUUAGGCAAAAGACAAUAGCAAAUAAAUUGAAUCAGUGAAAACCUAUUUUUGAAAGAAAAAGGAAUAUAUGAAUCUAUAUAUGAAAAAAUGUCAUCUUUUCUCCGCAACAAACAGGGAGGGAUGUCAUGCAGUGACAAUUUAGAGAAAAGCAGGCUGUAGAGAAGGCAUCUCUACAUGUUGCUAGGCCCCUAUAAAUUUAUAUAAAAUUUUCUUAAAGUACACAUUGCCUUCAUUUCCAACUUUCUUGUUCUCCACUAGUUCCCCCUUAUAUACAGGUGGCACAAUCCACUGGGAAUCUCUUUUGUGUGAACACUUUUUAAAAGAAUGGAUGUUAAGCAUGAGCAUGCCGAUGGAAACCAUACAGGUUCCUAGAAGCUUCUGCCCCCAAACUAGAAUGAGGUAAGGAAGUACAAGAUUUCUUUUAACUGGAGCAGGCAGAAAGAUCUAGCAAAGGAAGCACUUAAAAAAAAACACACCAAAUGAUUGAAAUGGUCCUCCAUUAGAGGAAAAAGAGGAAGAGUUCAUUACAAUGACUGUGGAGCAUUCAAAACAGGGUAACCAUAUUAAAAAGUGAAAAUAAAACAGGUUUCCUUUGGAUCAACCAGAUUCAGCUGUCCCCGUUGUAAUAUUAAGGAUACCAUUUACUGAGCAUGACUUCCACACAAGCCCCAAUGGAAUGAAACAAGGUUUGUGCAGAAGCACUGUCAGAGGAUUGAGCACGGAGUCUGUGGUUACUUUAAAUGACUUUUUAAAGAAUCAAGUAUAUUUUUUAAGAAUACUAAAAACUUUUCCUUAUUUUUAAUGUAGUAUCUCAUGUUGGGUGGGGAUAGGGUUGGGUUACCCAAACAAAUGGCUGCUAUAUAUGCAACAUUACAAAAGAAAAUAAAGAGGAUGUCAUCUAGUCAACUGGCAUAGACAAGAAGACCUGGUUAUGUGACUACAUGUAGUUCCCAGUGACUACAUAAGGACACUUCUGAUACAGUGACCACAGCACAGAGAAAAAGUUUCCAUGUUAUGUAAAGACCUCUAGCUUUUUCCUUUCUUUCGUGUGCUUUGCCAUGUUUGUUUCCUUUCUGUGAGCAUCACUUGUUUAGUUUUUCCUUUUGGAAAUGGGUAUGCCUGUUGGAAGGGACAUGGGAAACAUGAUCAAGCCAGCCUUAUUUUCUUCCUUCUUUUUCUGUUUGUACAAAAAAUAGAGAUUAUCCUCCUGUGGCACAAUCUGUUGAAUAUGAAAGAAGCACGUGGGUUUGUUUUUUUAAUUAUUUCUGUAUACAUUCUAGUUUGAUGCAAAGAAAAGUCUCAUUGCUAUUGACAAUGAGGUUGCAAGGUAGCUACCGUGUGGCUGAUGAAUAUGCUGAGGUACCAUCCCAUUUUUGUCCAGAACUCUGCUGCUUUAUUUAUAUAUUCUGAAUAUAUUUUUGGUUGGGUUUUUUCCAGCAAAUAUGGUUAAACCAUUCCAAUGUGAUUAUUAAAUCAGUCAGGCAACACCACCAACAAAACAGAUCUAUCACUUCAAGUGUCUCCCAAUAUGUUGUCUUAAAAUUGUUUAAAUUCUAUUUUACAUUGUACAAAAUCUGUCAUUUUAUAAAAGGAAAAGAAAGAAAUACCCCCUGGUUAAAUAGAUUACCCAUUUGAUACACUAUUGAGUUGAUUAAGAGCCCGAACCCAAUUCCAUGACUAAGUAUGGGGCGGCAUUGCUAUUAAGUGGCUACCACUGAAUCAAAGAUACACCCCAAGAACACCCAAGGGUGAGCCUUGGUUUUAUUACUGGAUUGAUUAGCUUCAUGUAUAUGAGUCCUAUUAAUUCCCGAAGUAUUUGUCUAGUAUUAGCAGGCUGGGGGCUUAAUACUUGGGCACUGUGUGGAUUUCAGUGUUUGAGCAGCAAAGCGGGGGGUGGGGGCAGGAUUUCAACCUCAGGGGAAAUUCUGAAUACAUAAUGUAUUUGGAGGAUUAAAACAUAUUUUAAAAUUCCAGCAGAAUGUUGCCUGAGUAUUGACAUUUUAGGGUUAGUCAGGUCCAGUAAUCCCUCUAACAGGGAUUCCCAGAUGUAGUUGACUACAACUGCCAUAAUCUCCAAGCAAAAACCAUUGCAGCUGGGAUUCUGGGAGCUGUAGUCAACAACAUCUGGGAAUCCCUGUUAGAGGGAACAUGGGUCAGGCCCAAGUCCACAAUCCAGAGAAUCAUGUAAUUAGUUCUGCAUGCCCAGUGAGGUGUAUAUUUUAUCAUUCUCAAUAACACCAACUCUCUGUGCUGUACCACAAAGUCCAUUUUAAAUGUUGCAGAGUUCAAAAACAGUCUGCAGUGUUGCAUGGUAUGACUACUGUUAGAGGUAACAAGAUGAGAGUCCUGCUGGGAUGGAAAUAUGCAUAUUUUUCCCUGUGCACCUAAAGGUGUGUGCUGGAUUGCAGCCCAAAUCUAGAAUGUAUAUUUCAGAAUGUCAGCAAAGUCUAUCCAAAAAGUAAGGGUUUGGGCACUCCAUGUGAGUUCCUAGUGGGUAAAUUGCAACUCAGUUGUAUUUUACAGUGAGAAGGUAAUUACACUUUUGUUGUUGGAUAGGUUAUUUAAUCAAGCAUUUCCUUACCAGUUUUCAGUAAAGACACAGCUAUUAAAGACUGGAAAUGUUUAUACAGGCGCUCUGCAUUUGUAAGAAUUAGCAUUGAAAUGAACCUGUAUUACUGAAAUCUGCAUAUCUAUACUUUACUUCAUUCAUGCAAACUGCAGGAAAACAAAAUUCUUUUUGGAUCCAUGUUCCAGGGCUCCACACAUGCCUGUCCAUGUGUUGCACACGUUUCUUUGCCUGCAUUUACACAGGCACAGAGAGGCACUUACACCAGCGUCUGGAAGAUCCCGUACCUCAGCUCUUCCUUGUGUUAGUAAUCCCACACCUUAAGUCUGCCAUAUAGAUCAGGCAUCAAAAGCAAUGCACUGUGGUGUUUCAUAGGCCUUGCUUUUGAUCAUAGACCCCAUCUCCUAGUUGUUUCAAAUACCAACUGGAAGUGGGAGGGGAUUGCUGACAUGAAAAACAAUAUGAUUAAGUAACCUCCAUGUGACCCUAUCGGCCAUGUUACCAAGGCAACAUACGGGUGGAAUGCUGAGCAGCAGUUCUGUAAUGGCUGCAGCGCUUGUGGUAACAUAUGAUUUGGGACUAUGUUAGGCUAUGAAUGAUUUUGUAAGGACUGGGGCACUUUUUGCUGAUCCAUACCUCAACUCAGUCAAAGUAUUUGGAUUUGAAUGGACUUUCAAUUUAUUUUAAUCCAAGUAUUUUAUGAUGGCUGGUUAUGGAUGGUAGGCUGAAAAAAUGCUGAAAGAGGUUUGUCUACUUAGCCAGUUGUCUUACAAGAUUGUUUUUCUUGAAGCCUUUGGUGACAUCCAAAAACAUUGGACUCCUCCUUAAAUAAACCCUGGAAGUGUUCCUGUUGAUAGUUUCAUAUUUAUAUGACUCUGGUUUGCCAAGAGUCUUAGACUGUUUUGUCAGGGUCAGUCUGACCCUGUGGCCCAAGGCCAUCAGAGGGGCUAUCUGGCCAGGCUGACCCUUGAACCCCUCAGCACCAAUAGCAGUAGUGGCAUGAGUCAGCUGAGAGUGUUUCCACUGUGCCCAGCACCACAUCUAUAAAUGGGUGUGUCCCCUAGAGGCCCCUGAGUCAUAUUGGAGCCUCGGAUUCUGUUGACGAGUGGGAAGGGCAGGAGAAGAAGCUUCCAAGUAAGUGUCUUUGCAAAGAGAUUUGUGCAGCAACUCAUCCUCCCCACUGGCCAAUAGAACUCAUCCUCCCCACUGGCCAAUAGGCCCUUCCAAAGGCCCUUGUGAGGAUGGUGGGGGGGGGGGAGGAGCUGCUUCUGCUGUGGGAUUUGGCAGUGGCAGCAGCUCUUCUUUCCAUCCCCACUGACAAAUGGUGCAGGACAUGGCGGUGGCAACUCUUCCUCCUAUACUCUUAAGGUGGGAGGAGCCACCCACUGCUUUCCUUGAUGCUUUCCUCCAUUCACCAAUGGGACGUUUGGGAGGUAUUAUUGCCCACUACCAGCAGUAUCCUGGGGGGGGGGCAUAGGGGCCCAGAGAAAGGGCUUUCUGCAACAACCUGGCAUUAGCACUGUGUCUUACUAUAUUUCAGAGUUCCAAUGUAAAGCAAAAUUAGGAGUAUUUUGGAAUAAUUCCAUCAUAUUGUAUUAUGUUCUGCUAUAGCUGUGUUCACAUCUGAGGAGGAUGAAAACUGGUGAUCAGGCAAGCAAGAGAUUUCAGUGAGCUUAAGCACUAAAAUGCAUUUUUACAUUUUAAAAAAAGAAGGAAGGGUAUUAUUUAUGUAUGUAUGCCUACCAAACUCAGCAGAUUUGAGAAUGCCUGAAGUGUAAUAAAGUUUAUUUUUAUGUCACAGUAUUUUGAUCUAAAUUAUGUUGUCUAUGGUAUUGAAGAAAUGAUGUGAAAUGUGUAGAAAGUUGCCUUGGUUCAUAAUUUUAAGCCUGAAGGUGUUUUUAUCAGCAUCAUCCUGUACAUUUUAAUGCUAUGGUUGACAUGAGUGAAACAGGUUUAAGUACA